CGGAUCUGAAUUUGCCAGCCAUUUUUUGCUUUUUGCUCUGAUCGAUAGAAGCUAGAAGCUCUUUCCGGACCUUAUGAACUAGAUAAAACGUGUGAAAUGGUAUAGGGUUCCUGUAUGCUUCAAAACAAAAGUUGCUUGUUAUGGCUUCAUUUCGACGAACUCUAUCACCUGCUUCUCACGACCGUUCUUACCAAAACGGGGGUAAUUCGUUUGUGGUUCAUUCUCCAACUCAUAAGCUUCUCUCUGGUUCCAACUACUCUUCGAAUUCGCCAUCUUUUACUGUGUUGGGUGUUGGAUUCCGCCGAUUCCUGCCUGGGAUUUUCUUGCCGAGAUACUUGCGCAAGGGGUAUCCACCAAGGAAGCGAUUCUUGUUUCGGUUAUUGCUGUGUUUUGUUCUAGGUUUCGUGCUAGGGCUCACACCGUUUGGUGAUGUCGAUGACAUCAGACGACAUGACUUACCGUAUGAGAUCAAGCCACCCACUUUUAAUGUACAACAGGACCUUGAUGGUAUCGUUGGGCAGGAGAAUGUCGUAUUGGCGAAAGUGAACCUAGAUCUUGAGACCGAGCCUGAAAUAGAACCACCACCCGGUGUUAUCCCGCUGAAGCAGUUAAUAAUCGUAACUCCGACAUACAAUCGGCCUCUCCAAGCAUUCUAUCUCAAUCGCUUGGGUCAGGCAUUAAGACUUGUUCGGCCGCCUCUUCUGUGGAUUGUGGUGGAGAUGAACUCAGCUUCAAUGGAAACUGCAGAAAUUCUGAGGAACACUGGUGUCAUGUAUAGGCAUCUUGUGUGCUCCAAGAAUUUGACAAACAUAAAGGAUAGAGGUGUUCACCAACGAAACAGGGCUCUCGAGCACAUUGAACUCCAUCAUCUCGAUGGGAUUGUUUACUUCGCAGACGAUGAUAACAUCUAUUCUCUUGAACUGUUUGAAAGCACGAGAGCAAUCAGACGCUUUGGCACUUGGCCUGUUGCUAUGCUUUCUCAGAGCAAAAACAAGGCGAUACUGGAAGGUCCAGUAUGUAAUAGGAGUCAGGUAAUUGGAUGGCACACAAACGAGAAGAGUAAGAGACUCAGAAGGUUUCAUGUUGAUAUGUCUGGAUUUGCAUUCAACAGCACCAUCCUAUGGGAUCCCAGGAAAUGGCAUCGUCGAACUUCAGAACCUAUAAGGCAGCGAGACACAGUGAAGGAGGGAUUUCAAGAGACCACUUUUUUAGAGCAGGUGGUGGAAGAUGAGAGUCAAAUGGAAGCCAUACCUCUUGGCUGUUCUAGGGUGAUGAAUUGGCAUCUCCAUUUAGAAACUCGCAAUCAUGUUUAUCCUAAGGGUUGGGUGCUUCAGAAGAACCUUGAUGUUGUAGUCCCCCUGAAGUGAUGAACUACAACUGUGUGAUAUCGACAUACUGAGACAGUGCUUCAAUUGCAUCUAUUAUUUCUUGGCUCCCCCCAUAUUCUCUGCUGAUGAUUAUUACCAAGUCCACUGCACUGUUAGCCAUCAGCAACCUUGGUAUAUACAAGCACUGGAAGUCACCUAGCGCUAAGUGGACAGUGAGUGGUUUAUAUUGCAAAAAUUCAUCCACUUAAUAUUCUUUUGCAGGAAGCAGCACUUUAUAUCUUGUGAAAAGUCGGCACUGCAUCCAAAUGGACUGUCUCAGUUGAGUAUGUCAGAUCUGUAUGAAUAUCAUGUCAGUGAGCUGGCCUUGUAUCAUCAAGCAGGAGCCCCGUUGCAGCCCUGCCUUAGUAUCAGUGUUACAAAUUUUGUUCAACAAAAUUGCUUAAAAAGUGUAUAAAUUUUGUUUCAUGAAAUUGCUUGUGAUAUAAAUUUCAUUUCAUGAA